AUGGAAUCUCCGGCGCACGACGACGACACUCCCGGAUUGCGGUCGACCGCCGCCCCAGAUGACAUGAACGUCGUCGAUGACUCGAAACGCUCUGCUACCCAGUCCACUGCCACCUCCGCACCUCGCCUGAACCCACGGAGCUGCGUCACUUGUCGGCGACGAAAGGUCCGGUGUAAUAAGCAAGAACCGUGCGCAAACUGCGUAAGAGCUGGCAUCGAAUGUAUCUUCCCUGCGCCGGGCAGGGCCCCCCGCAAAUCCAGGAAGCCGCCGGACGCCGAGCUCCUGGCGCGCUUGAAGAGACUCGAAGGGGUGGUCCACAGCCUGGGUGCUCAGGUGGACGACCAUGGCGUCGUCUCGCCGACCACCACCGUGGCAGGGUCGGCAGACAUUCGCGCCCGCUCGUUCGCUGCCGGCGACGCCCACGCCGGAGACUCGCCAAGCUCGGAUCGCUCAGAUUCCAAGAGACAGUCGAUAGACAAGAGUCUGGGUCGGUUGGUCAUCAACGAAGAUCGCAGCAGAUACGUCAGCAAUUCCUUCUGGACGAGCAUGAGUGACGAGAUUGCCGAGAUGCAGGAUCUGCUGGAUCCGUCCACGACCGACGACGAGGACGAAAGUAACUCGCCGGUGCAGGAUCGCCAGAUGGGCAGCCACCAAGGCUUCCUCUUUGGCUAUUCCUCGAUCAUGCUCGAUUUACGGGAGUUACACCCCAGCCCCAGUCAGAUAUUCAUCCUGUGGGAAGUCUUCAAGGAGAAUGUCGACCCGGUGGUGCGCAUACUUCAUCGCCCGACCACGAAAACCAUUUUGAUGAAUGCGGCGAGCAGCCUUGAUCGAGUGUCGAGACCUGCCGAAGCUUUGUUGUUUUCCAUCUACUACGGCGCCGUGGUGAGCAUGACCCACGAGCAGUGCCGACAAUUGUUGGACGAGGACAAGGAGAUGCUGCUCAAGAGGUACCGCUUUGCGACAGAACAAGCCUUGGCUCGCGCGGACUUCCUCAACAGCUCGAGUCUGAUGUGUCUGCAGGCAUUCGCUUUCUUCUUGGUCUUUGUGAGGCACGUAGAUGAUUCUCGGUUAGUAUGGGCCUUGGGGGGACUCGCCAUUCAUUUGGCGCAAUCACUGGGCAUUCACCGAGAUGGAACCAAUUUCGGCCUCAGUCCGUUCGAUACAGAGAUGAGACGACGGUUAUGGUGGCACCUGUCUCUCAUGGACAACAGAGCAGCAGAAGAUCAUGGUACAGACCCUACCUUUACCGAACAAUUUUUCGAUACCAAACUGCCCAUGAACUACAACGACGAUGAUAUCUACCCUGGCAUGAGAGAGUACCCGCCUGAGAGACAGACUGCUACUGAAAUGACUUUCUGCUUGAUCCGCUCCGAGCUGAGUAUCUUGCCACGUCGACUCAAUUUCACCGCUCCCGGUUCAACGCCUGGUCAGACGCAAGACCUGCCCUUGGAGCAGAAAGAGAAGUUGAUCGACGAAUGCCAUCGGCAUCUGGAGGAGAAAUAUCUUCGACACUGCGAUCCCAAUGUGCCCAUAUUUUGGGUGGCGGCCACCGUCGCUCGACUCAUUCUGGCCAAGAUUUGGUUGUCCAUUAACCACCCCCGAUCAUUUGGCUCGGCGACUGGCGACGCGGUGUUACCCCAAGAAGUGCGCGAUCGUGUCUUCAUUACUUCGGUAGAGGUACUCGAAUUCACGCAUUUGUUGGAGAAGAACGAAAAGACGGCCAAAUGGGGUUGGUUCUUCCGUACUUACAUGCAAUGGCAGUCAGUGGCAUUUGCUCUGUCAGAAAUAUGUAUCAGACCACCUGGACCUGACGUCGACAGAGCGUGGAGGGCGGUUGAAGCAGUAUAUGACGAUAGAGUCACCAAGAACUCCAAGUUCCAGAGGGGGAUGUUGUGGAAGCCAUUGCGGCAUCUGAUGGCGAGGGCCCAAGAGCGAAGAAAGGCCCAAUGGGCAGCUCAAACGACACAGACUGAUACAUUGUUCACCGACAUAGACAGUUCAACAACACUGCAAAGAUUUGCACAGGACUAUCCCGACAACAUGGUUAGCAACACGGCGGACGUAUUUGGCAUGACGCUUGAUCACCCGCCCUCGACAGAUGUACCAGUGCAGUCAAUGACUGCAGGCUCGCCCCGAUUUUCAGCGCCCAUGUAUGCGAAAACUGCCGGGACAUCGUCGCAGGAUGGGUCCAGCGAUACGACCAUGACUCCGGGACAAUUCCCCUUGUCCAAUAACGAAAUUCUGAACUUCGGAUGGUCUCCAUCUUUGGGCGAUUUUGCGGUUCGCCAGGAGCCGUUCGAACGCUUCUUUAUGAAUGUACAGGAAGAAUGGUUUUAA